GCGCCGGCUCGGGGCAGGUGCGCAGAUCCGCAGGGGAAUCCUCGGCCCCACCUGGGCGCGCCAAGGAAAUUGCACCAUGUAUGGGCAGCUACGUCAGAGGGGGCAGGCCCGUCACGGCAGCCGGGGACGCCGAGCCUGCCCAUUCUCCCCAAGAAAAGGCAGCUGCCCGCAGGAGGAGGGAUCGAAGAGCUCGGUGCGGACCGGCGAAAGGCGGCGCGUCUGGAGAGGUGGGGCCCUGAGGGGACCGCGCGGCUCGGAAACGCUCCCACCCCCCCCCGCGGUCGCAGUGGUUCAGCCCGUAAAUUUUUCAUUCAUAAAAAGAAAAGCCUGCAACGCGCGAGUGAGUCAGACCCCGCCAGCCGCGAGCCGCCGACGCGGACCCCACCGAGCAGCCAGCCCAGGGCAUGUACCGAGACUUCGGGGAGCCCGGACCGAGCUCCGGGGCCGGCAGCGUGUACGGCGGGCCCCCCUCCUCCGCGGCGCAGGCGGCCGCCCAGCAGAAGUUCCACCUUGUGCCAAGCAUCAAUGCUGUGAGUGGCAGCCAGGAAUUGCAGUGGAUGGUUCAGCCUCAUUUCCUGGGACCGAGCAGCUACCCCAGACCUCUGGUGUACCCCCAAUACAGUUCCCCACAGCCACAACCCCGGCCAGGCGUCAUUCGGGUCCUGGGGCCCCCUCCAGGUGUGCGGCGACGGCCUUGUGAACAGAUCAGCCCGGAGGAAGAGGAGCGCCGCCGAGUGAGGCGUGAGCGGAACAAACUGGCAGCAGCCAAGUGCAGGAACCGGAGGAAGGAACUGACUGACUUCCUGCAGGCAGAGACUGACAAACUGGAGGAUGAGAAAUCCGGGCUGCAGCGAGAGAUAGAGGAGUUGCAGAAGCAGAAGGAGCGCCUGGAGCUGGUGCUAGAAGCCCACCGCCCCAUCUGCAAAAUCCCAGAAGCAGACAAGGACAGGGAUCCAGGUGGUGCCAGCAGUACCAGUGGCACCAGCAGCCCAUCAGCGCCCUGCUGCCCUGUACCUUGUAUCUCCCUUUCCCCAGGGCCUGUGCUUGAACCUGAGGCAUUGCACACGCCAACACUCAUGACCACACCCUCUCUGACUCCUUUUACUCCCAGUCUGGUCUUCACCUAUCCCAGCACUCCUGAGCCCUGUGCCUCAGCUCAUCGAAAGAGUAGCAGCAGCAGUGGGGACCCAUCUUCAGACCCCCUGGGCUCCCCAACACUCCUUGCUUUGUGAGACACCCAGCUCCACCCCUGCAGAUGCUACCCUCACCAACAUUUCCCUUUCCUCCAUUGGUCCAGCCGGCCUGGAUCACAUUCCAUACUCAAUGAUGGUAGUUCUCCUGCAUCCCUUCUGAUGACACUUGGGCAUAUUUUGCUUUUCAGUCAAGUCAGCUUGGGGCUACCAACACUGAUCACUGUCUCUAGAGCUGGCCUCUCCACCUAAUUUUUGCACUAAAUCAGAGACAAGUAUUUCCCAUAUGUACCAAAGCAAUGCUGGCAAACCAAAAGACUAAGCCUAUUCCAUUCUAGACCACUCCAAACUCCAUCACCCUCUUGUUGUUUUGAUCCACCCACACUCACCCUGACAGAAGGUGCCUUUUUAUCAGCCUAGAACACUAACUUACCCAGCCGCACUGUCAGCAGCACCAGGUGAUUGGACUAGGGUGUUCUGCAAGCCCCUCCUGAUGGCACUGCUCAGGAGGUGCCAGAGGCUUCUGUGAUGCGCUAACCUGCAGCCCCCAGCUCUGAGAAGCCUCUAGCUCCAGGAAAUCCAAGCCCCCACAGAGAGGGCAGCUGCUAUUUAUUUUCCUAGAGAGAGUAUUUUUAUACAGUACUGCCAAAAUGGAAUAAAAGUCUUGAUGCUCUGGCCUGGA